AUGCGUCGCAGUUACAACACAUUAGCAGUAGAUCCAACCCGCCGAUCAAAUUUGCAAGCACUGGAUGGGCACGGACACGGCACUUUUGUUGCUGGUCUCAUUGCCGCGGCCCAAAACAGUCCACCCUUCUUGGAUCAGUUUAUCUCCCGGUCUUCAGGAAGUUCGGGUUGUCCACCUGUUGGACUCGCACCAUGGGCCGACCUAUUCAUAUUCCGUGUGUUUACCGAUCAACAAGUCUCCUACACUUCGUGGUUCCUGGACGCUUUCAAUUAUGCGAUAUCGCGCAAGUUACAUGUGAUCAACUUGAGCAUAGGCGGCCCGGACUUUUUAGACCGGCCAUUUGUCGACAAGGUGUGGGAGCUGUCUUCCAACGGAAUACUAUUGGUAUCCGCUAUCGGUAACGAUGGGCCGGUGUUUGGCACUCUCAACAAUCCAGCUGAUCAAAUGGAUGUGUUGGGCGUGGGCGGUGUGGAUGCACUAGGCCGAAUGGCACAGUUCUCAUCUCGUGGAAUGACUGCCUGGUCAUUACCCUUCGGUUAUGGACAGGUGAAACCAGAUGUUGUAAGCUUUUCCACCGGUGUGAUCAGCUCCGGAUUGGAUGGAAAGUGCCGCACGCUUUCGGGCACAAGUGUCGCUUCCCCAAUUGUUGCCGGUGUCGUGGCCCUACUAAUCAGUGCUGCGUUGGAUCAGAACUCCAGAAGUUUGACAGACCAUUCUAUUCCCAGCGUGCCCAUAAACCCAGCUAGCCUCAAGCAAGUCCUAAUUGCAGGAGCCACACCACUUUCUCGUAUUCACCUGUUUGGAACGGAACCGAUACAAUGGCCAAACUCCCCGGAUUCGAGCAGUAUGUUCGAGCAAGGAGCUGGUUUGGUGGACUUGCGCGUGGCGUUCCAGACUUUGCAGCAACUGAAACCACAAGCCACAAUCAUGCCCAGCUAUUUGGAUUUCACCGAGUGUCCGUACAUGUGGCCUUACUGUUCUCAACCGUUCUAUCACACAAUGCAACCGGUUGUGGUCAAUUUGACGAUUUUGAAUUCAAUGGCAGUAAGCGGACAAAUUGUUGACGCUCCUGUCUAUCACCCUUAUUCUGAUCGGAACGGGCAUCGAUUGCGUGUGGGUUUCACCUACAACAAACAUCUGUGGCCUUGGAGUGGCUAUUUGGCUGUCCACUUCGAAGUUGAGUUCGAAUCGAACGACCCUCUCCCAUCAGACCGCUUUUCUGGUCUUGCCGAAGGAUACAUCACGUUGACUGUGGAAUCCGAAGAUGAUCGGGGCGAGAUGGCUCAGUGGUUAGAGCGCGAAUUUACUGACUGGAAGGUCCGCGGUUCGAACCUGACUCGACUUCAUCUGUCUAGGCUUGAGCAACCUGGCAGUAUCCCAGCCCUCGUGCUUUCUUCAGGUGGCAUGGCAGCUAGGCACCGAAUGUGGCUUGGCGACCACAUUCACACGAAUAUGCGCGACUUGUACACGCAUCUUCGUAGUUCCAACUACUACGUUGAGGUUCUCACAAACCCAUUCACUUGCUUUGACGCUAGGAAUUACGGAACCCUGCUGCUCGUCGAUCCUGAGGAGGAAUUUCUUCCCCAAGAAGUUGAGAAGCUCUUCAUCGAUGUGACCACACUUGGAUUAUCUUUGUUGACGUUUGCCGACUGGUACAACACGAGUGUGAUCAAUGCACUUCGUUUCUUCGAUACAAACACAAAGCUUGAGCGACCCGGCAUUAUCUCAGCCCUCGUGCUUCCUUUGGAUAACAUGGUAGCAAGGCGCCUCAAGGAUGUUACAGCUGAACGAUUUAUUCAUCGAUUAUUACGUUUGUGGACGCCGGAAACAGGUGGGGCAAAUCUACCGGCACUGAACAACUUGCUGAGACCAUUUGGUGUCGAACUGGGGGACAAAGUCUACGCCGGAAGCAUAACAAUAGGACGACGAACCAUUCGAUAUACCUCGGGUUCGAGUUUGAAAAAGUUCCCAUCAACUCAGCUGUCUUCUACUGCCGGGCGUGGAGGUUUAUUGCGACCAUCUUUAGUGGACAUUGGUGCUCAAGUGAUCCAGAAUCGCAAAACACCUGGCACCCAGGAAGAAUCAGUUGCCAAAAUUCGACAAGUGAGACAGUCCCAUGAGACAAUGAAUAUGCCCGACAACUGGCGACUAACUGCAAGUGAGAACGACCCCACUCCGGCUGUUCUGGGUUUAUGGACUGCUACACAUUCGAAUUCCUCUACCGGCCGCCUGGCUGUUUAUGGGGAUUCGGAUUGCCUGAGUUCCACUCAUCUAAAUGCAAAACGCGAAUUUACUGCCCGGAAGGUCGAUGAUUCGAACCCGGCCCCUUCACUUCCUCUGUCUAAGCAUGGGCAACCUGGCUGUAUCCCAGCCCUCGUGCAACCUUCGGGUGGCAUGGCAGUUGGGCACCUCCGCAGACUUCCAUCUUGGUUUAUAACUUCGACCACCUUUUCGAUCGUGUUCUCUUUUAUGUUAUGA